AUGCCACCAACAAACCCAACACCUUCUACCUCUGGCAUGCGUCCUAUGCCUAUAAUCCGCAGUAGGACAGGCUGCUUUACCUGUAGGAAGCGCAAGAAGAAGUGUGAUGAGAGUAAACCAAUCUGCAGUGGUUGCAAACGCAAUAAACUCGACUGUAUCUGGCCAGAGCCUGUUGCCGCCACAUCCAGCAGUGCCAAGCUGCCAACAACAACAACAACAAACAAUGCCAGGGUAGCAAGACCUUCAUUCGGUGCUUCUUCAACUGCAUCUCAAGCCAGUAUUUCUUCUUCACUACGUCAAAGUCAAGACCCUGAUCAUGAACUUGAGCAACACGACCCGCACUCGGUCAAUGACCCCGUGCUACCGGACUCAAUCCCGGAGCAUGACCGAGUACCCCAUAAUGGCGAUAGUUCUCCGGCCUCUGGAGAUACUCACAUGAUCGAUGCUGAGGCUGAUGUUGAUAUCGACACUCAUGUCGACAUUGAUGGCGAUACUAUCGAGACUGUCAUUAACGAUAACGCUCAUCAUCAUCAACCUUCCCCCUCACCGUCAUCAUCCGCAUCGUCAUCAGAUUCUCCAACCGUCAUAACAACAACAUACGACCCCGACACAGCCAACGCUCUCACACUAGCCUUACCGCCCUCAUCAGAGGCAGGACUACCUCUCAAUGGAACCAUCACUAUGCCAAUGUCGAUGCUCCCAGAGCAGGGACAUCACUCAUAUGAGCUGCUCAGCUACUACCUAGCCCGAACCGCCAACAGCAUGGGCAACGGAUCAACAGAUGUGAAUCCCUUUAUCUCAAAACUUAUACCCUUGGCUUUCUCAAAACCUCUUGUGCUGCAACUCAUACUCGCCCAAAGCGCCGCUCACCGACAAGCGUCAGCUGAGCGUCAUCCAAGUGAUGAGGUUGCCCAGAGGUACUACACCGACUCGCUACGAAUGUUUAGGAAUGUUGUCGAUGAAUAUGUUUCCGGCAACGCUGAGAAUACACUUGUAUUGACAGUCGGGAGUCUAAUAAUGUGUUUAACCGAGGUCGCCAAAGGCGAUAUUCACGGUACAAUAUUCGAUCAUUUAACAGCAUCAAAGUCAUUAGUGAGCACGCUACUCACAGGCGCACAAAACCAUGUAUACGACGAUUUACCAGACUUUCUUAUCGAGUACUAUAUGCAUAUAGCAGCCACAAGCAUGAUCUCAAUUGAUCCGCAGUACAACUCCCAAUCACUACUCAGCCCAGACAUAGAAGUCAGGGCCAGGAAUUUGGUCGCGCGCAAAUACGUCGGGCAGCUCUGCGGAUGCUGGCUCGAAAUCCUUAUUCUUAUAUGUCAGAUCUUCCAUCUGGGGCAGGUGAUGUCUUCCCCGACAGAAGACGGCGCCGUAUCACCAAGCCCUGACAACAUCGUCAACUUUGCUUUUCUACAGUCUCAAGUCAUGGGCUUCUAUCCAGACCCCUCUGUCACCCCAUACACACGUCUUGCAGGUUUGGUCUGGAAACAGGCCGCUCUAUUAUACCUAUGGACAGUCCUAGGAAAACCACACCAGCAACCUCAAGACAGCUUCCAACGCGCGUUGGUCGAGUCUGCGGUCGCCGAAGCAGUCAAUUUACUGGACCAAUUUCCCGCGACGGUCAGGAUAAAUACGAGUCUUUGCUGGCCACUCGCUGUCAUCGGGUGUAGCACAUCCGACCCGACAGUCCAGCAGGUCCUAAGAACGCGUCUGCAGACAAUGCUGGAUACCAUCGGCUUGGGAAAUAUGAGACAGACUUUAGUCCUGCUAGAACAUAUCUGGGAACAGCCGCCGGAACAGGUUAGCCCAUGGAUACUGUGCAGGGCGAUGCGUGAGCGUCAAAUCUGGAUCUCUUUUGCAUGA